CCACACUCAAUGGAAAGAUCUCACCUUUUAUCUGUCGCUGCGAGCUGUGUUCAGAAGCUGGGAGCGAGCUGCAGACGGCGGCUGUGCUGUUAGUGAGGGGCCCUGCUGCUGUGACAUGCUCUAAGAUGAAGGUAUGGAAGGUAGUGGUGGUCGCCUCAAUGCUCUUCAGUACCAUAUUUUCAGCUCUUAUUUACAGAAACAUGUCCAUUAGAGGGAGAACAAUUACUCCAUCCUCAUCAGAAGAGCAGCAGUCCCAGGACCCAAGACUGCCACCCAGCCCCCAGUCUUACAAAGUGAAAUAUAAGAACAUAUUUAAAACCCACACUGAUGAGGAGGCCAAGGAGCUGGUUCGAGCCUUGAUUCAAAGAUACAGAAGAUCACCAGAUUCAAAGCACAAGAGUCGGACUCAUUCUCGACAAGCUUUAAGAAGUAAGAGAGCAAAAUCAAGAGCGACCAAAGGGUGUACCUUGAAAGAGAUCAACGUGACUGUCAGUGAUCUGGGGUUUGCCCAUGUCUCAGAGGAGGUUGUGCGCUUCAGAUAUUGUACCGGAUCUUGUGAUGCCGAAGAGAAAAACUAUGACCUGACUCUGAAAGCCUUGAGAAAUUCCAAGCGAAUUAAAAAGGAUAAGGUCCGAGCACGGCCAUGCUGUCGGCCUACGCUUUACGACGAUGAUGUUUCUUUCCUCGAUGAUAACUUUCAUUAUUACACUCUUCGACAACUCUCAGCAAAGGAAUGUGGCUGCGUUUGAGGGACAGACCACAUAAUGCAAACAUGCAUGUCUCUUCCUCACAAUGAACAGGAGCCAUCAGACCUUGCUCGGCUCUGAGCCCCAAUCAGAGCGUCAUUUCUUGGCGCGAUAUCUACAGGAGGAGACGAGUACCUUGAAGAUGCAGAGGGAUCAUUAAUCUCCAGCCCUUUGAGAUGAAGAGUUAGAGUGCAUCAAGAAGUAACAGGCUCAUCAAAGAACUUGUCAACAGUUUUGUUUGCCAUACUAUGUGGCCUUUUGUUUCCAAAUGUGCUAUAAGAUGCAGUCUAUGGCCAGACUUGUGUCAGUGGGAAUGUGGGUUUCGUUUUGCAGUUGACUUUCUUGUACUUUUCACCAGACUCAAUGGAUUUCACAGUUCAGGAUGGUAAUCCCAGGGUCACAGUCUGUGCAGAAGGAAGAUGCUUUGAAUAACUUCACCCUCUGUCUCCCUCUUACCUUCCUACCCCAUAUAUAUUUAUAUACUUUAAAAAUGCAACCACGAUUCUCAUUUAACUGGCCAAUGAUGCAGAACUUCAAGAGAGCUUCCUUCCCUGAACUUGCUGGGAAGAAUUUUAAUGCUCUUAGUUAGUCUGUGCCAGAGCGAGCAGACUGACUGAUGCUGAUAAGCAGGCACCUGUAAAUCAUUAUGACCUGAAUCCCAUCAAGUUUUAAGGAUUAAAUCAAACAAAUUAUUUGAGGAUUGUACUGGGUCACGGUGGCACUGUUGCAUUGCUAGUCAGCUAAAUCCCUUGUAAAAUGAUCAAACCAAAGUUGAUUAACAUUCAGUGAAUGUUGGGUGUGAACUUCCACCAAGCUGUUAUUCUUGACAGGCAUGAAAAAUGUGAUUGAAAUUCAGAAUUCUGCUAUGUUACCUGACUGAAUAAUGAGUUAGGUUAUUUGUAUACUCAUAGUAUGAGACAAAAGCAGUAGAUACACAACAGUAACCUUCAUUCACUUUGUCUUCCGCAAAGUAAAUCAGCCUUUUCAAUUCCACUGCCUGUGCUGGUUCCAUUGUCCGUUCUCCUUGUCUCUCUCAUUUCUGUCAAGCCGCGAUCUCUAUUUGUCUCUGAGCACCACACUUUCUAUGGUCUGAUUAUCAUCCUGUGUGAUUUUAAUAAAGAAGAUUUUCGUUGUUCUUAAGGUCACUGGCAAAGCCAGCAUUUAUUGCACAUCCUUAAUCGUGCUUUAGAAGAUGGCUUACUGCCACCUCCCAAUGAAAUGCUGCAGGUUCGUAUGAAAUUCCAUCAUCCUUGGUUUUAAUGAAGGCAUUACAGGGUUUGUGCUACAUCAGAACAACAGACAAACAAAAUUGAUAUCAACAUUGAUAAUCAAUAUUAAAAUCACACAGGAUGAUAUCAAACCAUUCAUUUUAUGUUAAGAGGGCAUUUAGCAUCUACUUGUACCCCAUACGGCAGGGAUAAGAAAUGGAGCCAGUAAGUACAAUAUGAACGGAAAGUAUCCAGAAUCUUUGCAAGAGUUUCUGAGAUUCAUAUUCAGAAAGUCUGCAUUUCACAUUAAAACUGCACAUUACAUCAAACAAGCAACAUGUUUCCUCCACAGUUUAAUACUAAUGCUUGUUUUUUUUUUAUAUACAUACCCUUGAUUUCCUUUAUUGUUUGUGUUGCAGCCUAUGGUACCAGCACCUAGUUCCCAUUUACACCAAUCCUGGUACUAGUAUUCCUGACAUGUUGCUCACUAGCACCUGCACAACUGACACUGGUGCCACCAACAAUGUGGUCCUGGAACUAUCUAAACCACUGCUGCUACAAUUAUGCUAUCAACAAUUCUGAACAGUAGAGAUAAUGGGAACUGCGGAUGCUGGCGAGUCCGAGAUAACAAGGUGUAGAGCUGGAUGAACACAGCAGGCCAAACAGCAUCUUAGGAGCACAAAAGCUGAAGUUUUGGGUCUAGACCCUUUCACACAAAUUAUAACAAAUGAAAGGGGCAGAUGUUCCAUUGAAGAGUGAUCAUACAUGGACUCAGGUUAGAGUAGGCAUGCUCCAGACAUUACACAUUAUCAGGAAGGUGAACUAGAAGGACCAUAGUCAUUUUGAGUAUGGCAUUCCCAUGUUACAGAAGGUCAAUGGGGGCAAAUGAUUCUGCCACUAGGACAACUGUUACAGGUAAUGUAUCCCCAGAAACUUGACCUACCAGCUGUAACUCCUAAAUGUUUCCUAAAUUUACCAGAAAUAUUAAGAGGAAAUGAGCUCAUGCCAAUGUUCAUAACAUUUUAUUAAAAUGUAAAAUUAACAAGUUUUAGUGUAGUUUUCCACUGUUUAUUUAAUUCUUAACUAGACUUCAUUAUGUGCCCUGACUAACUGGAAGUGCCACAGAGUUCAUCAUCUGGUUCUGGCCUAUGAUACGUAAGCACUCCUUGGUUCUUAAUAUCACUAAACUAUUGAUCCUCCCAACUACCAUUUUCUGCACCAAUCUUCACCAAUUUGUCCAUUGAACCAAAGUUUCCCAAAUGGAAAAACCAGUAAAAUUUGGAAAUAAUGGAACUGGUUGAGACUUGGCUAGUUUAUCUGAAUGGAAGACAAGUCCUGUAAUUUCUAAGUUUUGCUCAUUUGUACUCCUAAAACAGCAGAGCAGACAAAUAUAAUGUGAAAUGAUUAUAUAACUUGUGUUAAGCUAGUGUAUCAAUGUAAAGAGUUGGGACUAUCCAGUUGCAAACCUAACUUACUGACAUUCUUAACAGUGAAAUUCCUCUACUUUGGGAUUACCCACUAUACAUUCAUGUCAUCCAAAACACUCUAUUUCCAAGGUUAUUCAUGACAAGUCAUGUCCUUCUGGCAAAUCAGCUUUAUGCAAAAUCUAAUUAAAAUUGACAUUGACAUUGUACCCCAUGCAGCCAUGCCUUGUAUUGCUGUGAUACAGAACUACAUUGAUCCCAGCACCAAUGCUUUUGGCCUCUACCCUAACUAUUCUAUAUUCUAUUUUUAUAAUUAGGCAGUACUUAGAAACUCACAAACGUUACAUACAUUAGUUGACAUGGUCCCUUCCCAAUCAUCACCUUUUUAACAUACAACUAUUUGGAAACGUAAACAAGCCACUAAUUACUCCUAACUGUUAAACUUUAUUUCAGGGAGCUAGGUCAGGUCAAUCAGAAGAGGAGGACACAACACAAUACUUACUCACGGAGUUACAGUUCCUGUGUUAAUCCAGUCUUAUGGUCACAAUGCAGAGAGAGAGGGGGGAGGUGCCGGGAAAGAGAAAAGUUAGCAUUGAGAAGUUCUGUUUGACUUUUGAAGUUAGAUAUUUUUGAAGUUAGGUCAUCCUUAGGUAGAGUGCUGGAUCGAGGCACAGAUUAAUGGUUGACCCCUAACUGACAUGGAUGCUGUGACCUGGCAGGAGAUUUCAUCAACAAAAAAAGGUGGAAAACAAACUACACAGUUGACACAGGUCAUUAUUAAAAAGGAGGCAGGGACAAUAAAUGUUGUUUGGCAACGUUGUAAUGGUAAAGGAGCAUUGUGUGGGGAGUGCUGUGUUCUCUUGCUUUAUGUUCUCAUUUUUAAACCAAAAGCACUUAAACAUUUACCUCUGAAAAACAUAACUGUACAAAAUCAUCUUCUUUCCUGCCUCUGGUGUUGGACAACCAUGACCGACUGAAACAAUUUGAUGCAAUGCAUCGGUGUCAGUGAAACCGUCUAUUUAUUGGAGAGUAAAUUAUGUUAUUUAUUUAGUAUUAUUACAAACAAACAAUCUGUUUAUUUAUUUGAAACAGUAUAAUGUGCCAAAGCAGAGUUCCUUUCAUUACA